AUGAAUAACAAGACUCAUGAAUUUGAACAAAUUGUCCCUCUCCUCUUGAAUUCCUAAACCAUCCCAUAAGAUCCGGAUAUCCGAUCUUCAGAUUUCAAAUCAAUGAUGUUCGCAAAUUAGAGACUAAAUCAUAAGCGUUAAUAUAUAUUAUAUCCACACUAACUAGACAACAAAUGGCCCUCAGCCAUUGUAUUUUUACAAUAAAAAUGCUAAUUCAUUUUUUAAGAUGCUAGAGAUUACUUUAAAAAUAAAAGAUUUGAGUUCAAAGAAGAAAUCAAUAAUCUUGCUAUGAAGUAAAUCAAUCACCGAAAUUACUUGAAGUUAAACUUAUAUUUAACUAAAUAUGAAAAAAAUAGAAUCCAAUAUUUUCAGAUUAAGAUGUUGCUUCCUGUUAGAGAAUUAGGCCUAUAUAAGAUAUUAUUGAGUUGA